AUGUCUGCGUCUUUCGGGUCCAACCACCAUGGUCUCCAGGUAGGGUACAAUUAUGGGUCGAUCGAGUUCCCCCCGCCGGAAAGACGGGAAACGCCGCCGAUUCCCUUCGCGACCAUCCCCUUCUCCCGCGACCCCGAUUUCGUCAACCGUGGAGACAUUCUCGAUCAAAUCGACGAGCGCUGUUCCGAGCUGGCCGGCCGUGUGGCCCUCGUGGGCCUGGGCGGUGUCGGCAAAUCGCAGUUGGCCAUUGAAUAUGCGCAUCGGAUCGCCGCGGGGCAUCUUGACAGAUGGGUAUUUUGGGUCCACGCCGGCACGCAGGCGCGUGUCGAAGAGGGUUUCAGAAAGAUUGCCGACAACGUCAAGCUAGCAGGCCGAAACCAGCCCGGGGCCGAUAUCCCACAGCUUGUCUACGGCUGGCUGUCCAACGAGCGGAACGGCAGAUGGAUCAUAAUCCUUGAUAGCGCUGACGACCGCAAUGUAUUCUACAGUAGCGACAACGACCUGGCUUCCAGGCUGACCGGACGCCGCCAAAACAUCAUCGAGGUCGGACCGAUGGUGCAGAUGGACGCCCUAACGCUCCUGGAGAGGAAGCUGGGAUCAAUCCUGAAUACCGAUGCGGCAGCCAAGCUUGUACGCGCGCUCGACUUUAUUCCGCUAGCCAUCAGCCAGGCUGCCGCCUACAUACAGGCAAGGGCACCGCGAAGCUCUCUCGAGAAGUACCUUUCUGAGUGCCAGGAGUCUGAGCGCAAAAGGAGCAGGCUUUUAGAGCAUGAUGCUGGAGACCUACGUCGGGAUGGAGGCGCGUCGAACGCGAUUCUCACGACAUGGCAGAUAUCUUUUGACCAUAUUCGGUCCGAGCGGCCUUCUGCGGCGGAUCUCCUUUCGCUUAUGAGCUUCUUUGAUCGACAAGGCAUUCCGGAGUCGCUCCUCAAGUCCUCUAAGCAGACCAAAACCGCAACUCGAGCAAGUGGUUCCGAAGAUGCAGAAGACUCAGGAUCCGACAGCAGCGAUGACGAGAUGGACGGUCGGUUCGAAGACGAUGUGGCAAUAUUACGGGACUACGAUCUUAUCGUCGUGAAUGAGGCGGGGGACCAGUUUGAGAUGCAUGGGCUCGUGCAGCUGUCGAUGAGGAAGUGGCUGGAAACGUUUCGGCAGCAGGAGACGUUCAAGCAGCAGUUCAUCGAGCAAAUGGCAGCGUCAUUCCCGACAGGGGAGUACGAGAACUGGGUGAAGUGCUGGAGUCUCUUCGCGCACGUUCAAGUGGCCCUUGGUUACCAACCCAGCGAAGAGACAGUCGAAAUAUGGGCGACACUUUUGCAUAACGGGGGAUGGUAUGCAUGGUCGCAAGGGAGAUAUGAAGUUGCAGAGCAGAUGCUAGGCAAGGCGAGAAAUGUUCGCAAGAAAAAGUUGGGUGCAGAGAAUAUGGCGACUCUUGCAAGAACCAGGGCCGGUGGGAGGAGGCCGAGAAGCUGGACGUGCAGGUGA